AUGAGUUCCUACCAGCAGAAGCAAUCCUUUACCCUACCCCCUCAUCUUCAACAGCAGCAGGUGAAGCAACCCUGCCAGCCUCCACCUCAAGAACCGUUUGUUCCCAUAACCAAGGAGCCAUGCCACCCAAAGUUUCCACAACCUGGGAACACCAAAGUCCCUGAGCCAGGCUGCACCAAGGUCCCUGAACCAGGCUGCACCAAGGUCCCUGAGCCAGGCUAUACCAAUGACCCUGAGCCGGGCUACACCAAGGUCCCUGAACCAGGCUACACCAAGGUCCCCGAGCCAGGCUACACCAAGGUCCCCAAGCCAGGCUACACCAAGGUCCCCGAGCCAGGCUACACCAAGGUCCCCGAGCCAGGCUACACCAAGGUCCCUGAGCCAGGCUACACCAAGGUCCCUGAGCCAGGCUACACCAAGGUCCCUGAGCCAGGCUACACCAAGGUUCCAGAGCCAUACCCUUCAACAGUCACUCCAGGCACAACCCAGCAGAAGACCAAGCAGAAGUGA